AUGUUUGAUAGUGAAAGUUAUGCAAUUAGAAAUUCUCAUAAAUCAUAUAUUUCUGGAAAGACUUAUGAAGAUAUCUAAUCUUAACCAUCAUCUCCACAUAAACUUACAAGAAUUAAUGAUUUAAAAAACUAAGUUGAAAAUUAUUUGGAUAUGUUAGAAUCAAAAGUAACAUUAGUUAAAGAAAAAGCUCUUUCUGAAUUUAUUGUAGCAUAUAAUGGUUAUAUGAGAUAAGUUAAAGAAGAUUUAAAAUAUUUAAAAGAGAAAAGUCUUGAAAUAGAGAAAUUCUAUAAAGAUAACAAGAGCAUUUAAAAUAUGGAGUAAUAAUUAGAAUGGUUUAGAGAAGAAAGUGUUAAACUUUAUACUAAAAUUGAACUAAAAAACAAAGAAAUCUUUGAAUUGAAAUUUAGAUUGCAAGAAGUUGAAAAAGAAAAUGAGUUUCUUGAAUAAUAAAUUAAAGAAUUGAUGCGAAAGAAUAAGAAAUAUGAAGUUAUUAGACAUACAGCAAGUGUAGCUACAGAAUAAGCAGAAUAAAUUAAAGAACCAUAAUAAUUAUUUUGUACUUAACCUAGACCUAAAAGGAUUAUGUCUGGAUAAGCUUAACCAAAACAUAUAAAAUAAUUGUAAGAUAUAUUUGAAAAAUUAACUAAUGAUGAUUAAACUUAAAUUAUAAAUGAAAUUGCUUAAUAUGUUUCCUUUAUUGAAAAUACUUAAACUAAAUAGAUACAUUUAUUACGAUAAAAAAUGAAUUAAGCAAUUAGUCAAUCUACAAAAGCAUUUGCGACAAGAAGUGAAUAUGAAGAGUUUUUUAUUGAUUGUGUUGAAGUAUUUAUUUGUAAAUAAAAAAGUAAGUUCGUAAAGAUAUUAUGCGUCGACGUUAAAAUGUACAAUUAGAAAAUAAAUUAUCAGAUUUUAAUGUUUUUCGUAAAGAAGAUAAACUCAAAGUCUUAGAACUUGUUUUAAUGAAUGACAGAUUAUUACAAACUUUGCAUCAAAAAAUAUUUCCGACUUCUCAAGUUGCAUAAUUAUUGGAACCAACAACAAUAUAAACAGAUUAUCAAGAUAUAUUAUAAUAAAUUGAUAAGAAGAGAAGUUUUUCAACAAAAGACAGAAUGAUUAUAAAAAAAGGAAAGUUGCUAUAUAAGUGA